GUUUUCUCUUCUGCUUCUCUUCACAGACCAAGUGCUGCGUCGCAACACACAAAAGAACAAAAGCUUGUUGGCCCCUACAGCAUUUCGAACCCAUGAUUCCUCUCGCCAUCAUGAACAACUCCAGUCUCCACGAAGCCAUCAUCUCCUCCUUCCUCACCAACCAGCGUGCGCCCACGAUCCGCGAGCUCGCCACUCGCUUUCAAUGCACUGAGCCGGAGGCACGACAGAGCCUGCAAGCACUCGCAGACUACCACGGGGUAGUCCUCCACCCGCACUCCGACGAGAUCUGGGUGGCGCACCCAUUCUCCACCGCCCCGACAACCUGCAUCGUCUCCUGCGGCGAGCGCAAAUGGUGGGGCAACUGCGCCUGGUGCUCGCUCGGGGUAAUGCAGCUGGCCGGCGGCACGGCCUCGCUCACCACCCGCCUGGGCGCCAUCGGAGACGAGGUCUCCAUUGCCGUGAAGGACGGGGAGCUGGUCGACAAGGACUACGUCAUCCACUUCCCCAUCCCCAUGGCCAACGCCUGGGACAACGUCAUCUUCACCUGCUCCGUCAUGCUGGUCUUCCGCAACGAGGCCGAGGUUGACGCCUGGUGCGCCACGCGCGGCAUCCCCAAGGGCGACGUCCGGCCCAUCGACCAGAUCUGGACGUUUGCCAAGGAGUGGUACGGCCGUCAUGCCGAUGCGGACUGGACGAAGUGGUCGCUCCGCGAUGCAGUUGAGAUCUUUCGUCGCCAUAAUCUGACCGGGCCGGUUUGGGCCAUCGGGGGCGAUGCGGAGCGCUUUUGAGGGUGGUAUGCUUGAUGAGUACGUUAUGCUGCGUGUUGAGCGGGAGUGUGGCUUGUCGAAGAUGAAUCAUGCGUCUAGUUCUCAGGUAUUUGUAAGGAGGUGUCGUUGACUCUUACUGAGAUCGUGCAACUUGGGAAUUCAUCCAGAGCAGGCUAGUUCUAUUCGCUAGAUUAGCGCAAUGGGUUUCAUAGAUUCACAGAAAGUAAGAUUGUCUGGUUGGAAGAGUAGAAUGGUGGAUACCCGUCCAUUUUUUGAAGCUUGGGUUGUAAAC